ACGCAUUUCUCUCCAGAGCCCCCCUCCUUCCACCUCUCUCCAUCCCUCCGUCCCUCUCCUCCCUCUUUCACUCUAUCUCACCCUGUCCAACUCUCUUCAUCUUUCUCCCUGCACUCUCCUUUGCAACACACACACACACACACACAGCGUUGUCAACAAAGCCGGACGUUGGGGGAAUAAAGGUCCGCCGAGGAGGAGAGGAACUCUCAGGACGACUGCGUCCGUCUCUCUGGUCAACUUGGAGGCGGAGAGGACUAAACGGGGCCGAUCACACGCAGAGGACGGGGGUUCCUUUAUUUCUCUCCAUGCUGGUCUGGACGCCCGUAUUAUGUAUGAGAAGUUAACUAUGCUGAACCUGCAGAGCGGCUCCAACUGGAGCGGGCCCAACAACUGGUACCAUGACCCCACCGGCGUUCAGACGCAGCACAGCGCAGUGUCCGAGGGCUGCAUGCUGGACACAGAGGGCAGCAUGGGGGGAGAGGCGGGGGGAGGAGGCGCUGGCAGAGGAGGAGGAGGAGGAGGAGGAGGAGUCCCUGUGGAGCGGGACGAAGGCGAGGAGUCUCAGCUGAGGCUGCAGCUCAAGAGGAAGCUGCAGAGGAACCGGACCAGCUUCACGCAGGAGCAGAUCGAGGCUCUGGAGAAAGAGUUUGAAAGGACACAUUACCCAGAUGUUUUCGCAAGGGAGAGGCUGGCGAACAAGAUCGAUUUACCUGAGGCCCGGAUUCAGGUGUGGUUCUCCAACCGGAGAGCCAAGUGGAGGAGGGAGGAGAAGCUGCGCAACCAGAGGAGGUCGGGCAGCGUCACCUCCUGCUCACAGAGCCAGGCGCCGCUCAACACCUCCUUCAACACGUCCGUCUACCACCAGCAGCACGGCAGCAGCUCAGCAGGGUCCAUGUUGAGUCAAACGGAGCCGUCGCUGCCCAGCUACAGCUCGCUGUCUGUCUUUUCAUCUGGAGUCCAGUCUAUUCCUCCCCAGUCGGCCUCCUCGUACUCCUGCAUGUUGCCUCCGUCGCCCUCUGCGCCGCGCAGCUUCGACUCGUCGGCGUACUCUUCCCCUCACCUGCAGACUCCGCCCUCGGCCAGCUCCAACACAGGGCUCAUAUCACCCGGGGUUUCGGUGCCGGUCCAGGUCCCAGGAACGGAGCCGCAGAGCAUGAGUCAGAACCUGGGGCAGUACUGGGCCAGAUUACAGUGAGCUCCAGGCGAAUGCUGAUGGACAAAAGAAGAAGAAAAGAGGAGGAAGAGGACGAAGGGCAUGUAAAGGUCGUGUCAACGUAGCAAGAUUAGCAUCCAUGUUUUAAGGAAGCGCAGGUCGGAGCUGUAGAGGAGCCUUGGAGGGUUGAAGACCCCGAAAUGCAUUAAAUGUUUACAGAACCAACCAAAAGCAGCUUUGGUUGCACUUCACAGUACUUUGCUGGUUCCGGUUCCGUUUCUGAACGGCCAGGGGGAACGGGUUCCCCGAUUUACAGGAGAGCUGAACAAACAGGACCAAAGAAAUAUUCACACCCUUUGAAUUUCUCAGAUUUUGUCUCAUUACUACGAUGGAGCAACAAGGCCAAUAAAAUAAAACAAAUAUACAGUUAUAGUAUUACAGUGUAAACACAUAAAAGAAUUAAAAAAUAGAGUUGAAAUAAUGCAAGAAUAAAGUAAUAUUUUGAGAAUAGUUAUAAUAGCCUAUUAUAACUUUAUUCUCAUAUUAUUUUGACUUUAUUCUCAUAUGAUUUAAUCCUCAUAAUUUUAUCACUUUGUUUCCAUAAUUUGAUUUAUUUAAUUAGGGGAAUUUAAAUUAUGCCACAAAGUUUUUUAUGUUUUUCUGGGAUUUUACGUGAUAAACCAAAACAACUAUUGCAUGAUUGUGAAGUGGAAGAAAAUCCUCCAUUGGUGGUCUGCACCUGGAUUCAGUCCCCUUUUACUCUGAUACCACUCAAUAAAAACAAGGAAGCACAAUUGCCUUCAUCAAAUAGAAGAUUGAAGAGAAGAUUUAAAAUUCAAAUGUUUUACAUUUCAAAAUCUGUAAAGUGUGGUGGGCAUUUGUAUUUAGUCUGCAGUUGGGUUUUUAUGGUGCGUCUCUUCCAAGUUCCUGGAGAAAUAACUCAAGCAAGCGUUUAUUAACUUUCAUUUAGUAGUCUUGUUUGAAAUUCUCAAUAUUUUUGCGUCUGGCCUUUGAGUAGGCCAUUCUCACACAUGAUGUUAAUGGUUGUUUCAAGUUUCCAGUCUUUUUCAGAUUGAUUUUACCUGAAUUCUCCAACAUUGCGCCCCAUCCAUCCCCACAGCAUCAUGCUGCCAACACCAUGUUUUGCAGAGUUAAUUCUUCUCCUUUAUUAUUUACAAAUUUUGUUUUAUUUUUUUUCAUUGGAUAUGUUGUGCUGCAGAUUGUGCACACGUUGUGCUUUUGUUUGAAAAAUGUUUUAAUUAAAUCACAUUUCUCAACGGUAGCUGUUGAUGGCCUGAAUUUUCAGGAUUUUAUUUCUAAAACGUUUUCUACCAUCACUGCAAAAACACAAAUUGUUAUACAAGUAUUUCUGGUCCAGUUUCUAGUGCAAAUGUCUUAGUAUAUUUGAAAUAAGACAACAUUAAUUCAUAAGUAAUGUUUCAGCAAAAUAUAAAGGCUUGUUUUAAGCCAAUAAUAUUUUGAUAUAAAUGUGGAAAAAUAAUGUUGUUAAGUUAAAUAAUCUGACAAUUGAACUAUUACUUUUUCAUCAAUAUUAAGGAACCAAUCAAGUUGAUAUAUCUUGUUGAAAAAUCACUUGCAAGUCAGUUUUGUCUUAUUUCAACUAGACAAAAUUUACUGGGUAAGAUUUUGUGUUUUUGCAGUGAUUUUUUCCCAUUUCACAAUCAUGCAAUGCCUUGUGUUCGUCUCCCAAGUAAUCCAUCCAUCCAUCCGUUGUCUAGAACUGCAAGCAACUGGAGAAUCAAAAUGUUCAAGAAUAAAUUCAAACUAAAGUUUAGAUUUUUAUUUUUUAGAAAAACUGUUUUUAAUUUUUAUACAUUUGAGUCUGAGAAAAGUGCAAGGCUGUGCCACACUCACACACACACACACACACACACACACACACACACACACACACACACACACACACACACACACACACACGCACACACACACACACACACACACACACACACACACACACACGCACGCACACACACGCACACACGCACGCACACAUGCACCCCCCACACACCCACACACACACAGAUCAAUCAUCCCAGGUAAAUCAGCAUAUUUCAGGUGUAUUGUGAAGUGCAACCACUGUCUCUUGUUACUUGAGCAGCUUAACCAUAUUGUGAUAAACUAGCUUGUUCCCUAAGCUGUGAGACGACUGUGAAGAUUUUAGACUCACUUAUGGCAAUCACUUGUACUUAAAACUUUAAAAAUCUACCAUAAAAAGUGUAAAUCCUGCCUAUCCUGACUGCACUGAGGCUGCAUAUUUUUGUACAGACGUCUGUGGGGGAAGAACGUAACUGUGUGAGUCUGCAAAGCGUCAUUAGAGGAAAGAAUGUCGCAUGAUCUGGGCUCCAAUCAUCCUUGAAGCACAAGACAAUUUAUCAAAAAUAACAAUUUUGCCAUUCUGUUAUAGGUUCUACCCUGAAAAAUGAAAUCUGCAGCAAAUUUCUUCUAUAUUUGAUAUUAAUUUGGGGAAUAUUUUUAUCCAGUCAGUUAAAAAAAACAGCAGCGGCUUUUAAAGCGAUUACAAACUGAUUCACAAAGUCUUUUAAACUGUUUUGUACAUCACUAACGACACUUUUUCUUCAGCGAGGGACAAUCAGAAAUUCUUGCACGUCAAACUAAAAUGCAAGCACUUCAACGAGACAAUCGGGGGUGGAGGAGGAAACGUAAAACUACUACACACUUGAACCAGCUGUGCAUGACCAAAAGAUGGCGCUACAGAGACAAUCAGCUACUCAGAAACAAAUCAAAUAUUGUACAGAAGCCUUUAUUGUACUUUUACAGAGAUUCAGGCUCUGCUCACUUUUUCUCCUCCGAUUCUGUUGAUGCAACUCAUAUGAAAUGUCCUUAAAAUCUCCUAUUUAUUUGUGUUUUCACUUGUUCUCACAGGUUAUUUGUGUUGAGGUUUCAUUGUUGUCACGUGUUGUGUUAGUACUCUAUAGCUACCAAGAGUCAACCCCUUUUUGUGAAGGCCUUGGAUCCCUUUAAUGAAAAUAAAAUGGUGUGUCAUACA